AUGCCAGGUUUUGUCCAAGGCCAGGGAGCCACAACCGGCGCACCAGAGUCUGCGGCGGGUCACUCUGGCCCCGCGGCCGUCACUUCUACCUCCUCGCCUGGUCAGCCGGUUGAUGCUGCAUGUAUUACUACAGUCGCAUCGGGGCAGCCAUGCGUCGCUGAGAGUUCCCUUCCACCUGUAGCGGCGCAGCCAGGUGCACCAGCUGGUGCUCUUCCAUCUGCUCCAGGUCAGCCAGGUGCCUCCUCUGGUGCUCGGGCAGCUGGGGUUGGACAGCCAGGUGCAGCAGUGGUUAUGCCAGCAUCGGCUGGAAGUCAGCCAGGUGCUAUUCUUCUAGCUGCAACUGGUCAGGCAUGUGCAGCAGCCGGGAUUCCUACCGCCACGACAGGUCAGACAGGUGCAGCCGCCUGUGAUCCUACCGUACCGACUGUUCAAACAAGGGCAUCAGCCGGGAUUCAUACCGCCUCCACGGGUUGUACGGGUGCAGCCGUCGGAGUUCCAACAGCAGCCGCGGGUCAGCCAGGUGCAGCAGCCGUUGCUCCGACGACAACGCAGGCGCAGCCAGGCUCGACCGCGAGGGAUGCAAUGGCAUAUGCGGGUCAGCAAGGGCCCUCUUCGAGCGCUACACACGACACUGGCUCGGGUGCUGCCAAGAAAACAACAGAUGUGCAUCACCUGUCACCACCAGUCCCUGGUGGUGCAACCGUGCCGCAUCAGGGUUUUGGUGCACCGCCCGCGUCGAGUGUAUGGGCCACUGGACUAGAGACACGGGUUCAAGCUGCCGCGGGGCGGCCUAUGAACGCAGCUGUGGUUCAGCCAAGCAAUGAUGCCUGGGAUAUAGGGGGACCACACACGAAACACACCAUAUUUCAUCCAGGUGUGCUGGUGCAGGAUGCUGUACGGUCGGAAGCGGCUGAUGAGACUGCAAGGGCAGCUGUUGUUCAAACGGGUUCCUCUGCAUGGUCCUCAGGCGAGCAGUUUUUUGCUCCGUGUGCCUUUCCACCCGGGAUGCAUAUCCAGGGAGCACAACCACCAUGUGCGGUAGGCUAUGCUUCACAUGCAGGUGGUGAUCAGCCGGUCCCCGCUACAUCCGCCGUGCCAUCUGGGCCAAUUGGCCAUGCUCUGCGACCUCCGAACGUGCUUUACCUCGGUUCUGGACAGCACCACGCUAACGUGCAACUGCCGUUGUCGUCGCAUCGCCCCCUCGUUCAUGAUUCUGGAGCUUUCCUCGUAGCUGAUGAGGCGCUCGACAAUGUCAGUGGCCUACGUGGACACACAUCCGCCUCUCGUGGUCUGGCUCUAUCGGGCAUGCUCUCCGGUUUCGUGCAGGGGUCGCAAUCGGUACUGCCCUCCCCAGCAGCCUCCACUUCUAUGCCGCCCUCGACCCAAGGAGGCGAGCACGGCGAGGAGGCCGCCUCCAGGGGGUUCACGGGCGUCACAAAAAAGCAGGGCAAGGACGAGUGGAUCGCAAGGAUCGUCCUGGACCGCUCAUCGCAGUCGCUGAUUGUCAUCAACAGCCACUUUGGAUCUGAGGUCGAUGCAGCCAGUGUGGCAUAA